AUGGAGAUGCCGCCGCCUCCUCCUCCUCCUUUUGGUGGCCCCGCCGCCCCCGGUGGAGGCAAGCCUGACAGGAAGACGGUGGAGCGCAACCGCCGGAAUCAGAUGAACGCCCUCUAUUCCCGCCUCGACACGCUCGUCCGUGCCGGCAGCUCGCCGUCGUCUGCAGCCGCAGCGGUGCAGCGUGGGCCACCGGCGAUGACUCAGCCGGACAGGCUGGAGGAAGCGGCGGCCUACAUCAGGCAGACGACGGAGAGAGUGGAGAGGCUCAAGGAGAGGAAGCGGGAGCUGAUGACGUCCGCAAGGGCUCCGUCGUCCCAGGGCUCCGGCUCCGGCUCCUCCUCUGCCGCUGGGGCCGCGGAGGUGGAGGUGCAGCACCUCGGGUCCGGCCUGCACGCCAUCCUCGUCACCGGCGAGCCACCGAGCGAGGGGGCGUCGUUCCACCGCGCGGUGCGCGCCGUGGAGGAGGCCGGUGGCGAGGUUCAGAACGCCCACUUCUCUGUUGUCGGCGCUAGGGCCAUCUACACCAUCCACACGCUGGUCGCAGAGGGUGGCAUUGAGAGGGUGGUACAGAGGUUAAAGGCAGUACUGCGUGGAGACGCAUGA